AUGGCUGACACGCCCAACCGAGGAAUUGUCGUCAUUUCCGGAGGUAGUGCCGCGAACAACCUUGUCGACGUCUUCGAUGCCGUGAGAGACAGCAAAAACUGUUUACUCAGUUACAUCAUUCCCAUCAGCGACAACGGUGGCUCCUCAUCGGAGCUGAUCCGAAUCUUUGGGGGGCCCUGGAAUUGGCGAUGUCGCCUUGUUCGUUUAAUUCCAGACUCCCCUGCCAAUUCUGAGCGGACGGCGAUCAAGGCUCUCUUCAAUCAUCGCCUGCCCGCUCAAGCAGGGGCAGCGGCGCAUGAAUGGCUCACCAUCGUAGAUGGCACGUCAAGCCUAUGGAAGUCCAUCCCCCCCGCUAAGAAAGAAUUGAUCCGCUCAUUCUUGAACAUGCUGAACCUGGAAAUCCUCAAGCGGGCUCGGCCACCGUCUUCUACCUUCGACUUCACGUCUGCUAGUGUCGGAAAUUUGUUCCUUACGGGUGCACGACUCUUCAGCGGGAGCUUUGAGAGUGCAAUUUACCUUCUGGGAAGUAUAUGCGGCGUGCAGUCGGAUAUUGUGCGUGUCAUCCCGGCCAUCAACUCUAACUUCUCACAUCACAUAUCCGCCACUCUCGCCGAUGGGACUGUCAUUGUCGGCCAAAAUAGCAUCUCCCAUCCGAGCGAAACCACAGCCCUUCAGCCCGACCGUGGCAACAGGCCUAGACGGCCUAGUUUACUCCUGGCCGAUGGAGAUGAUCUAGAAGAUACUGGCUCGGACGUGUCCGAUGCCGUGUCAUAUGAAGAAGAUCAUCUCCCCGGAUCUCUAGCCACUCUUCGCAACAAAAAUAUUUCAUUCAGCAAAACAGAAAACGAAGACUUACCAUAUCGGAUCAGCCGGAUUUGGUAUAUCAAUCCCUACGGACAGGAAAUUCGGCCGCCCGCAAACCCACGUGUUCUGGAAGCACUGAGUGAUGCCCAGGCUAUCAUCUACAGCAUUGGCUCGUUGUACACCUCCAUCAUACCGGCAAUCAUUCUCCGUGGCGUUGGCAAGAAUAUCAUGACCAGUCCAGCUCGCCAUAAGAUCCUCAUUCUAAAUGGUUCUUUGGACCGUGAGACAGGACCUCCAUCUGCGCCAUUUCUAGCGUCAGACUUUGUUGAGGCUAUUGCGCAUGCCUGCGAAGAGAGUCGUGGACGACAUCCGCAUAGAGUGUCUCAGCACCACGGAGAGUCACCAUCAUCCCCGGAAACCAUCCGGCCACAUAUUCCUAUUCCCUACACUGCAUACGUGACCCAUAUCUUGCAUCUAGAUGGCCCUGGGACGCCUCAGGUAGACCGCGAAAGGCUGGCAGAGAUGGGCAUUGAGACCUUGCGCUUGUAUGGGCGCAAAGUCACAGUCAUGGAAGGGGGUAAGGAGGUUUGUGUGGGCAUGAAAUAUGACCCCAAUGCUCUGAUACAAGCGCUUGAGGUGGUGCUAGGAAAAAAGGGGGAUGCCAUGGUGCGUGGAGGUUUCGGGAGUGGUUUGGGCAGGAGAAAUACACUGGAUCCUGGCCGACGCGAUAAAUAA